GCCCCCCGAGGAAACUGAGUUCGCGGGGAAAAUGAGUUCCGGGUGCUCGCUUACGGGUGGGCGGCGCUUGAGGGAAGAGAACGGCAGGUCCUGGAGCGGGACACCGAGUAUAAAUGGUGCCGGAAGUGGGAGAAAAUAACUCGUGUUGGUAGUGAGGCUUGAGCAUCAGGAAUGCGCUUUGUGAACCUUAAAGCACCUGUCGGGAGCCCUUUCUCUAGUUUUGUAGGAACUUCUUUCCAGCUCCAGCAACAUGAGGUUUUUCUUUUGGAACUCGAUCUUGACGCUGUUGAUUACGUCUUUGAGUGGGGCUCUGAUCCCUGAACCAGAAGUGAAAAUUGAAGUGCUCCAGAAGCCGUUCAUCUGCCAUCGCAAGACCAAGGGAGGGGACCUGAUGUUGGUCCACUAUGAGGGCUAUUUAGAAAAGGAUGGCUCCCUCUUCCACUCCACUCACAAGCAUAACAACGGCCAGCCCAUCUGGUUUACCCUGGGCAUUCUGGAGGCUCUCAGAGGCUGGGACCAGGGCUUGAAGGGGAUGUGUGUGGGAGAAAAGAGGAAGCUAAUCAUUCCUCCAGCCCUAGGCUAUGGCAAAGAAGGAAAAGGUAAAAUUCCCCCAGAGAGUACACUGAUAUUCAACAUUGAUCUCCUGGAGAUUCGAAAUGGACCAAGGUCCCACGAGUCAUUCCAAGAAAUGGAUCUCAAUGAUGACUGGAAACUUUCUAAACACGAGGUUAAAGUGUAUUUAAAGAAGGAGUUUGAAAAGCAUGGUGCAGUGGUCAAUGAAAGUCAUCAUGAUGUCUUGGUGGAGGAUAUUUUUGAUAAAGAAGAUGAAGACAAAGAUGGAUUUAUAUCUGCCAGAGAAUUUACAUAUGUGCAUGACGAGCUAUAGAGAUGCAUCUGCCUGUGUUAUAAAGCAUCCAUCUGUAAAGAGAAGGCAUCAUCUGUAAAGAAAGUUUCAGUUUUUAACAAUAUUCUUGCUUUGUUUUUAUUUUUAAUAGUAUUUUUCUAUUAUUUAAAUAACCCCUUAGAGUUUGUAAGUACCCAUUUCUUUCUGGUAAGUUAUUAGGAAGAAAUGAUUAAUCUUUGAAAAGAAGACUUCUGGAUCAUGUUCAUAUAGAAAGGCUUGUUUUGCUUACUUACUGAUAACAUAUUGCAACUGGAAACAUGCCAUAACAUAAGACCAGGCUGUAGAACAAAUCAACACCCUGUAUUUCUGCUUCCUGCUGUUUUCUUGAAGCUAAACACUAAUGUAUUUGAAAAGCUCUUACAAUAGCCCAGGGCUUGCUGUUUUCCUGUUAUAACAAAGUGAUUUUUCUUUAACUGCCUUGAGGGUAGGAGGAAUAUGGUGGGCCUUAUUCCUUAACAGUUAUGGCCUUAGCAUGGAGAUGUGCAAUGUUGGGAUGGAUAACAAAGUGAAUAGGUACACUUUGAAAUAUUCUGCAAAGUUCCCUUCCUAGUGACUAAUGGCCUGUUAAGAUAAAUUGGACAUCAUCUAUAUGUUUGUGUCAUUGUAAUCAAACAUAUCAAAAUAUGGCAGGCAUGGGUAGAGAGUUGUGUUUAUAUUAAGUGUUUACUUUUAAGGCUGGUGUGUUAACCUCCUGAUUCUUUAAUUAAUAGUUUACAACUGGUAUAUUACUCUACAAUAACAUUGUAUCAUAAAUUAGUAAGCCAACCAGACUUUUCCCAUUUCUACCUCAUCAAAGACCACUACCAAAUAGAUGCUUAUACCGGUUUAAAAAAUUAUUUUAUUAUUCUAUCUCAAAUUGACUUUUAAAAAGAUUAGUGAUUUUUAAAAAUUAAUUUUAAUUGAAUUGACUUUCACCUUAAAUAUUUUUUAAAAUCUCCCAAAUUUCCUAUUAGGAAAUUUGAACUAUUUGAACUAUUAGGAAUAGUUCUUUAUAGUUUUCAAAACAGUAUCGAGUAUUCUAUUGUCUGAUUCUCAUUGCUCUGAAAUCUAUGAAAAGAAGCUGCUGGAUCUUACUGUAUGUACUGUUUUAUAGAUAAGAAAAUUGCUAUUCAGAGAUGGAUGGAUGUGCCCAAGGUCAGUGGCUAACCUGUAGAAUCAGCUUUCAAUCCCCAAGGUCAGAGUUGUCUGCUUCUCUGCUAAUGAGAAAGCAGCAGGUUUGCUUGUAUCUGUUGAGCCCAGUUUCCUGUUGCAUUUUACCCUCUAAGGAAUGUUCUUGGCUGUUCCUGGCAGAUUACAGUUUUCCUGGGAUUCAGGAAUGGCCCUGUUUCCAUAAAAUAAUUUUCACAUUCACUCUGAAUUGUCUCAGUCACCCUCUCAGUGAUCAGUGAGAGGGUCCAGGUGUGUGUCUUAGCUCCUGUUGCCUCCAUGUUUGUUUGUAGGACUUGGAUUAUUUACACUGAUUAUGUAUUGACAUUUCACUCACUAAAAUAUGGUGUUAUUGGGAAGAAUAUACUUUGAGACUUUUGGUGACGAUAUCAGUUAUAGCCUUAAAGGAUUGUUUUAUUAAUUUUUAAUUAUGUGUAUAUGUGUGUAUAGAGGGGUAUGUGCACAUGGGUACAGGUGCCCAUAGAAUCCAGAAGGAUCCCCCUGGAGCUGGAGUUGAGGCAGUUGAGCUGCCCAUUGUGGGUGCUGGAAAUUGAACUCAGAUCAUCUGCAAAAGCAGUACGUACUCUUAACUGCUAAAGCAUCUCUCUAACCCAGUUAUAACCUUAAAAUGAUGAUACCACUGACAUUUUUCUGAACCUGGAGAGGUUGUGAGAAGGCCUUACAGUGUGUUGUAGAAGGAAGGGCAGUGGUGUGUCUUGAAGAGGUGCUUUGUACAGAAGUUGCUGGUGCCAUUUAUGGUAGAGCAAGAAAGGAAAAUAGCAUAUUUCUUUACCUUGUAUGACUUUGUAUCAAUUCUUAGCUAAACAUUUGGAUACAAGUGUGAAAUAAAAACAUACUCAUAGAUUAUGAAUGUUUAAGUUAUAUGUCUUUUUGUUUAGCUAUACCUUUGUACCCUCCAAUUAGAGACAAUAUCAAACAUAAACUGUGACUUCACAUGUAUGUAAUUUGACUCAUAACUGUUCCAUGUGCCCUAUUUAAAUUUCUAUGUGUACUGUGAUACUCUUUUUUAAAAUAAAGUUUAUUUGGGAAAUAAUUA